AUGGAGUACAUUGGAGCCUCAGGCGUUGAUAUAGAAUUCACAUCAGUUCCAAUUUCACAAAGCAUUGAUUUCCACUUCAUACUCAGUUUCGCCAUUGACGCAGAUUCUUCAGGCAAUCCCCAAAAUGGCACAUUCUCCCCAUACUGGGUAUCAACCCUUACUCCGAAGGCUGUAAAAUCCAUCAAAUACAUCUACCCCAAUGUAAAAUUCCUCGCAAGCCUCUCGGGCUGGAGCCUUGGACAAAAAGUACUCUCCUGGUACAACCCAGAAGACCAGGACGUCUGGAUAUUGAAUGCAUCUUCGAGCGAUUUCAGUGAACAGCUUUGA